CCCUCCCUCCGGGGCUCGGCGGCUGCAGGACGGGUGAGGUGGUCGCGGUGCGAGGACGGGACGGCGCCGUUCGUGGGUCGCACGCUCGGUAAAUCCGGGCGCGGACGGUGCGAAGCCCACGGGGCAGCGGAGCGGGGCUCGGAUCACCCGGGAAUGACCUGCUGGCUGCCCGGCCCCGGGACUGACCGACAAGCGUCUCCACCUCGCUGGGUGGGGAAUGUCCGGCCUCGGUAACACGACCAGCCCCUGCCUGGAGUCAGCGACCCGCGGCGCGACCGCCGCCGCUCUGCUGGAGCUGGGCCUGGGCUCGGCCGUGCUGUGCGCCUCGCUGCUGGGGAACGGCCUGGUGCUGGCGGUGUUCAGGAGCAGGCCGCAGCUGCUCCACGUGGCCAACCGCUUCGUCUUCAACCUGCUGCUGGCGGACCUGUUGCAGACGCUGUUGGUGAUGCCGCUGGCGGUGGCGGGCAGCUUGCCCGGGCUCCGACCCCUCGCCGGCGGGCUCUGUAAACUGCUGGUGGUCUCUCUGCAUCUGUUCGCCUUCGCUGGCGUCCACAGCACGGUGUUGGUGUCCAUCGACCGCUACCUGGCCAUCAUGCACCCCCUAUCCUACCCCACCCGCAUGACGCCCCGUCGGGCAUCCAGUCUGAUCGCGCUGAGCUGGGCGCUGGGCGCUGCGCAGAGCACGCCGCCGCUCUACGGCUGGGGCCGGGUGGCCGCUGACGGCUGCUCCUCCUGCCGCCUCCUCUGGGCCUCCAGCCCCUCCUACACGCUGCUGACCGCGCUGCUCGCCUUCUGGCUGCCGGCCGGCAUCAUGCUCCGCUGCUACUGGCUGGUGUUCCGGGCGGCUCGGCGACAGAACGCCCGAGUGCAGCCGGCGCUCGCACGGAGCCCGGGCGGGGAGAAGCGUCGGGGUCGGGGCCCGCCGCGCCGCUCCCAUUGCAAGGCGGCGCGGGUGGUGUUCGUCACCGUGGCCUCGCACCUCCUGGGCAUGGGCCCAUACAGCGUCCUGGGCACCGUGUCGGCGGCCGGGGCCACGCAACCCGCACCCUGGCUCGGCGCCGCCGCCCUCAUCCUGGUGCAUUCGCGGUGCUGCGCGCACCCUUACAUCUACGGAUACCUCCACCGGGGCAUCCGCCGGGAGCUGCUCCUCCUCCUGCCCGCCGCAUGUUGCCGCCCACCGGCGCCCUCCUCCCCGACCAGCGCCAGGGCUCCCCGCACCGCUGGCUCCUGGGCCGCUCCCCGCGCCUCUGCCCCGACAUCCUGGGCAGAAGCCUCGGUCACUGCAGCCGCGGCCACUGGCGGCCGAAGGGACACCGUGUCGACCAGCUGCAGCUCAGACAACGAGCUGCACCUCCUGCCCGGUCACAGGGCCGACCGGUGACGGGGAUCCGAGCAGUGACUGGACACAGACUGGGGACGAAACCGGUGACAUGAUCCGGGCUGGGGAUGGGGAUGGGACCUAGACUGGUGAUGGAAUCCCGCACGGUGAACGAACCGGAAUCAGUUGAAGGGGUCCGUGACCAAAGAUGAAGCAUGAGAGGUCAGGUGAACAGGCAGGAGCAAAGAUUAUAGAGGAGCUAUCUUUGGGCAGGAGUAGGCUGUGAACGGCGGCAUCCUCGGAAUCAAUGGCCGCACUUGUGUGUUCUGUUUUGAUCACCCGGUCAUAGGAAAGAUGCCAUUUAGCUGGGAAGUGUAGAGAGAAGAUUUAUGAGGAUGUUGCUAGGACUGCAGGGUUGAGUGGCCUCGGACCGAGAGGAGCUGUUGUUGCCAAUUCUUACUGACUGAGGUCGACCGGUGACGGAGUUGAGGAUCCUGUUCCGGAGCGACGAGCAGAUGGUCUUAUAGAGGUGUAUAAAAUCACGAGAGGAAUAGAUCAGAUUGCCCAGAGUAGGUGAAUCGAGGGCCCGAGGACAGUUUGUGGUGAAGGGGAGAAGAUUGAAUAGGAAUAUGUGGGGUAACUUUUUCACACAAAGGGUGGUGAGUGUAUGGAACAAGCUGCUUGUUAGAGGAGUUAGUUUAGGCUGGGACUAUACGAAUGUUUAAGAAACAGUUAGACAGGUACAUGGAUAUGACAGGUUGGGAGGCAUACGGACCAAACGCAGGCAGGUGGGACUUAGAGGUUGGGAAGACUAGGACUUUAUUCGUUGUACAAGAAGCUGUGGGGUGAUCUUACAGAGGUGUAUAAAAUCAUGAGGGUUAUGGAUACGGUGAAUGCAGUUUUUUAGCCAGAGUAGAGGAAUCAAGAACUGGAGGACAAUAGACAAUAGGUGCAGGAGUAGGCCAUUUGGCCCUUCGAGCCAGCAGUGCCAUUCAAUGUGAUCAUGGCUGAUCAUCCCCAAUCAGUACCCCGUUCCUGCCUUCUCCCCAUAUCCCCUGACUCCACCAGGACAUACAUUUAAGGGGAGAGGGAACAGAUUUAAUAGCAAAUGUUUCCCAUCAUGUUAGAGGCUACUCGCCAGGGACAUCACCCAUUGCCUUGUGUCACAUUCCGAUAAGGUCUCAACCUUCAUUCUCCUCACGGACAUGGUGUUGUCUCUGGGCUGGAACAGUGCAUCAGCCCAAUGCUGCAGAAUGUUUGUGAAACUGCUGCUGCAGUGAAGGAAGGAGGUCGACACAAACGGGCAACACACUGACCACUGGGAUUAUCACAGAAGCAUUGGUCCAAAGGCUGCAGUCUCAAGUGGGGAAUAGACGUGUGGAAAUAGGCAUUGCAUCCCACAGUGCAUGGAGUGAUCUGUUUACCCCAUGAGUGCAAGGUUGAUUCUGUCCAGUCAUAUUUGAUACUCUUAUUGAACGAUAACUAUUAUUAAAAGUAAAAUUCAACAAAUGCUUUGGGGGAAAUGUCAUUAAUUAAUUUACUUACCUGUAAUAAUAUUCAAGCAUCAUGUGGCUAAUGUUUUGGUGGUUGGUGAAACAAUGCCUGAUAAUGGCUGAGAAAGACAGAAGAGGGCCAAGAUAGACAGGAGAGGAGCAAGUAGUCUGGGAAUGAGAGGAUAAAGAUCAGCAGGAGAUGGCAACAGGGGAGUGCAGCCGGUGCAGGGACAUGCCGGCAAUAGCACAUGACCCAUGUUGUACCCAUGGACUGCAGGGUGUGAGAGGGGGCAGUCAGUAAGCAAAUACCAGAUGUGCUCAUCAUUCCUUUCCCCAAUCACAGACUGACUUGCCUGACUUUCCCUACAGAUCUGCUUUUUGCAGCUUUCACUUUCCUUUGUACUUUCUGUAGUGGCCAUUUGGUUUGUUUGCAUGUCAUUGAUGAUGGCAUGUGUCUGUAAAUUUUAGACUGCCCGUUAUAUUGUGGGUGGGAUUUAUGACGUAUUUUUGGGCGUGAUUUGGGCUAUGUAUCUUGCGCAGAAGGUUCGUUUUUAGUUUAGUUUGGAACGAGCAUGGAGAAGAUUUACCCUUCGACCAUGCGAAGUGUAAUGGAGACACAAAGAGUUUUUUAAUGUUUAAAGCGAUGAGCUGGAGUUCGAUGAAGAUUAUAGUAACGACUCUGAAGAAGUUUGGAUGUACCUUAUUGUUUUCAUCAACAAUAAAUAAUUUAUUAACCAAAAGACUGUGCUUUUGAAGACUUAUCUGUGAAGAAUCUCUGAAGGUCUCUAAUGAUGAGCUCGCAUGCGUACGGAGACAAUCCCCCUAACCAUGCUGUCCAUUUAGCGGUUACAGGGACUAAUCUCUAAAUCUGCUGCUACACUUACUCCCUCCAAAUGCGUCAUCUCACAGCUGGUAUCUUUCUUUGUGGUCUCCCUAUGAUUCAUCAUCGGUGGUCAAGGCAGGAUCGGGGUACGGAUUGGGGAUGAUCAUGAUCACAUUGAAUGGCGGUGCUGGCUCGAAAGGCCAAAUGGCCUACUCCUGCACCUAUUGUCUAUUGCCUAUUGCCACUCAAAAUAAGUAUGACUGUCCUCUCAUAGAGGAUGCCUGUGCUUGACUUUGUUUAACGUGGGGAGACUGGUGCACAGACAGCCACCACACGGUCCUUGACAGAUCUGGGUCAGAAUCCAGUGGCAUGGAACCCAAGACGACCGGGGACCCUUUUCUGCUGCAGCCUUCAUCCACCUUCCCAGCCGUUGUGACGUUCCAAUAAAGUCAGCCAUCAUCCUCCGCCUGUUCCCCAAUUGAAGUUUUGGUUGGAUUACUCAUUGUCAGAGAUCUCCCCCUUGACCGUACCACCAUGGGUGACCCUACCAGGAGCAUAGCUCCAGACUGCAUCGUUCUCAGGACCACACAAGCUUCUCCACCAUGACAAGGUGACAAUCCAGAGUCUCCCUCUGAUUAGGACAUAUGUGUGCAGGGAGUUAUGAAAUCAAGUUCAAAGCACACAAGGCUGUAGAUUUUGACAGGGUGAGAGACAUCACAUUACCAGGAAGGUGCAAGUCAGGGUGUGCCAGAGGAAAAGACCUCUCAAUAAAACUAUCAAUCACAAACUUGUGCCACAGGCUAGACAGGCCAUAAAAUCAGCAAUUGCAUUCGGAGUUGAAAAGUAUGGAGGAUAUGUAAAAUUUUAGCUGGGAAAAACAGAUUGAUUUCAAUUCCCCUAGUUUUAUACUAAAUUAAUUUCUUCAACUUCAAACUUGCAGUAACUGCAAAUGACCAAAAUGCAGAACCUAUGAGGUGAUG